UUUAAGAUUGAAUAAGGAUAAAAUCCUGUUUUUUGUUCAGAGCUUCACACUAGGCGGGUCCAAAACACAUACGUGGAAUGGAAGCGCAAGCGAUUCACGGAGCUGGUUUCUCUCGUAAGCGUGAUGGCACCCUCACGAACGCAGCUCGCUCUCGCUCUCGCUCUCGCGCCCGCGUUGAUCGUCUCUUCUCGUCCCCACGCUUUCUAUAAAAGUAAGGAAAUCACCACCUCCAUUUCGGCGUUGACUGAUCACCCUCCUCUUUCCCACCCUUCCCUUCCCCAUCGGUUUAAUCAAUACAAUCCAAUUCACACUCCAAACCAUUUCCGUCCCCCUCCUGCUUCUACUUCUUCUCACUUCCUUUGAAAUUUCCAUGGAGCAUCACCGCCGCCACCUCCACCGACGCCUCAAUCCUUAUCGAUCAGUAGCAGCACCACAGGACCACCCUGCAGACGCCAGCGGUGGUGUCGGUGUCAACCAGCGGUUCUCUCAGUGGAGCCACGAGGAGACGAGGGAGUUGCUCUCCGCCCGAGCUCAGCUCGACAAGAGUUUCUCCGAGACGAAGCGCAACAAGCCGCUGUGGGAAGCCACCUCCUCUUUGCUCCUCCUCAAGGGCUUCUCCCGCACCCCCGACCAGUGCAAGUCCAAGUGGAAGAACCUCGUCGCUCGCUUCAAGGGGAGCGAGUCGUUGAUCGAAGGCGAGAAGCAACAGUUCCCUUUCUACGAGGAGAUGAGGAGGAUACUCUCCGACCGGGCGGCGACGCCGUCGGAGAAGGGGAAGCGGCCGGUGCAAGUGAAGGAGUUGGAAGAGGAGGAGAGCGGGAAGGCGGGGAAGAAGAAGCGGAAGCUUGAUGAUAAAGUCGCCGUAGGGAGGAAGUCGAUGGCGAUCAACGCUCCUGCCAUGCGGGAGUUCAUGCGGCGGCUGAUGGAGACAGAGGCGCGGUGGCUGGAGGCGGCCGAGUCGCGGGAGUCGGCUCGGCAGGCCGAGGAGGAGGAGUGGCGGCGGUUGAUGCAGGCACUGUGGGCCGAGCGAGCAGAGAUGGAGCGUCGGUGGCAGGCGAGCGAGGAGGAGCGCCGAACCAGGGAGGAGGUACGAGCUGAGCGCCGCCACCAGCUCAUAAUGGCGCUCCUCGACAAGCACAUCGCUCAAAAAGGAUUACCUAAAGAUCCAUGAGAGUAAAAAAAAAAUUAUUACACCACCCUAAUUAAACUUCUCACCACACACGCCCCCUCGGUCAAUCCUCCGCACUCUGCAGUGCCUACUUCCUCUGUCCUCUAGGAAGCUCAAUGAAAGGUUAUCCCAGAUCCUAAUCUCUUUAUUCUUUUAAAAUUUGGUUGGAAUUAAUGGCCAAGUCUUGAUGACCUGGAGUCGACGGCUACCCCACCAAGCAAUGACACCAUAGCGUGUAAAGAGGAGAGCUUUAGCCAUGAGACUACAGUCGGGCCUGCUGAUGGAAUUGGAUUGAGGGAGCACCCUCCGUAAUGUGCCCAUAGAGAGUAGUCGCAAUUUGCCUAUCCUGAACUAAUAUCAUAGUUCUGCCCUUGGCCUCAUGCGAGAUCGUUUCGUAUAGGGGUGGAAUCGGGUCGAGACUCAUCCCGAUAAGAAUUGAGAUUUUUUUCUUCCGAUCCCGUACCCGAAAAGUGUCGGGAUCCGAAUGUUUGGGAUCCCGAAUAUUCGGGAUCGGGUAGAGACCCGUAAAAAUAUUCCAAAAAAUAUUUUUUUAAAAAUAAAAAUAUGUAGAGACUCAAACAAUUUUUUAGUACAAUACAAAUAAAUUAAAAUGAUUCUGUGGCACAUAACCAUUAAAAACUAAAAUAUCUUCCUAGAACAUUAUAAAUAUAUUAAAACUAAUUAAAAAAACUAAAACUACUACUUAGUUUAUAUUUUAUACCUAAUACAAGAAAAUUCAAAAAUAAAAGUUAUCAUGUCAGUCAUUGUAUCAAUAAUGAAUUGAUGAUAUGGUGACCUUAGUCCUUGGAUUCAACAUACAGAACAAAAGAUCAUCAAAAUUAUUCUUUAUAUCAUUUUAUCAAUUUUCAUAUGCUAAAAUAAAUUAACUGACUAUCUUCUUUAUAUAUUGACAAUAAAUUAUUUAGAAAUAAAAUUAUGAUGAAGUAUAAGAAAAAUGGGGAGACAAAAAUGGGGAGACAAAAAAAUAAACAUAAUGGUUAGAUGCUUAGAAUAUAAAAAAUAUAUAAAAAAUAAUAUUAUAAUAUAAUCGGGUCAGGACGGGAUUCUUGUCAGGAGAAAAAAAAUUUCCCGAUUCCUUUCCCGAUAGUGAUCGAGACGGGAAAAAUCCUGAACCUUCGGGUCGGGAAAAUAUCGGGUCAGGAUAUUUUCGAGUCGGAAAUGGGAUAGAAUUCAAGAAGGAUCAGGAUUUUCGAGAUUUUUACCAACCCUAGUCUCGUGCGGUCCGAGGUUGCCUUGGACGACUGUGGCUACUUGCAUGGAAUUGUAUUUUUUUUUCUUCUUAAUCUUUCUUUUUAAUUUUUCUUUCUGAAGAUUUUUUUUCUGUAGGAUUUUUUUUUUUACUUUAAAUUUCUUUUCUUCUCCAUUUCAUAGUAAAGUAAGGGUUAGGGUUGCAUUUCCCUUGUGAGAGUUGGAUAAUUGCUUGGAGCGUUGAGACUCUCUCUCUAUAUGCUUGAAUUAUUGUCUAAGUUGUUUUGCAUUAGUCUAAGCUUUUAUCUCUGAUAUCAACGUUACGUGGGGCUCUUUCAACGCGUGCCAUCUCUAAUCCUCCCAAAGGACGCACGAGUUCGAUCACUGUCUAUGAAUAUUGCUUUAGAAACCGACUUUCUUGAAGAUUGGAUUGACUAGAACU